GGCUCUGGCUUUCUCUCUGCCGGGGGAGCCCUCCCAUUACCUCAUAUUUGGAGAGAAGCCGCUGCAGCCAAUCGCGUCUCUGGCUGCUUUUGGGUCAAGUGAUUUCUGAACUGCAGUGAGGUGCUUUGAAUGUCUCUCCCUUCAGCUCCCAGCCUCGUAAGAUGGCUGUCUGAAAACGGCAGCGGCUCAGCAGGAGGAGCAUCUCGAUGUGCGGGUGUGUGUUCGUAUUCAAGUGUGAGCGUGCUUGCAGUUGUGUGCAUUUUUCAAAUGGGCACCUAAUCUGAUGAAGCAGCUGCAGGGAUUUCUCCAGGAGGCCGGUGGCAGCGUCGCUGCAUUGCCACUGGAGCCCUGCGCACCACGGAGAUGGGAAACAUUCUGGGUUGUGUCAAAGAGCUGAAAGAGCCAGCCAGGGAGGUGGGGAACGCUCCCCUUUCCCCCCAGAGGAAAGCUCGCUUCAGGCGGAAGGGGAAGGGAAAGAAGCCGAUGGCCCCGGAGACGCCUGAUCCAGGAACAGAGAGACGCUCCUCACAGGCUGAGACGGCUGAGCAGCAGGAGGAGAAGGAGGCAUCAAAGAAAUUCAGAGGGUCUCCUCCUCUGGAGCAGGAGGGAAGGGCUGGAGGCUCCCACCCAAGCACUGCUUCCUACAGGGAGGCUUGGCCACAUUUGAAGAUGGAGAGUCUGGAGCAAGGACACAUCGUGCAGGUGAGGGAGAGGUUUCAGGGGACUCUGGAGCGAGUUCACCUGGUGACAGACAAGACCUUCUCCCUACCUGGAAGCCCAGGAGACUUUCUUGAAGAGGGAGCCACAUUCAUUGCUCACCUGCUAGACAACCCAGCAGAGCAGAACUGUGAGAAGGUGGCAAGCCAACUGGUGGUUCUUCAGAGGCCGGUGGGUUUGGGCAACAGCCGAGCAGUUCUGGUGCCACUGCCCACGGAGGCUGUGCCUGAAGUACCUGGGGAGAAUCGCUUGGGAGACCUGGCAGGGGUGGGCUCUUGGGCUCAGCCAAAGUUGGAAGUCCUACAACAGCAACAAGGAGUGACAACGACGGUGGAAGAGUCUUACAAGAACUGGAGUAGUGAAGAAGGAAAUGAGAGUCUAUCGAGCACUAUUUGGGGAGCUUCUUAUACGGCAGAGAAGGGCACAGUCUCAGAGCUGUCCACGCCAUCACCUAUGGUGGAUCAGGUGGAGCUCAAAGGGAUGGAGAAUCCUCUGCAACCUCCAUCUCCGCCAGAAACACCUGUUGUCAGGAGAAAAGAUGGCAUCAGCACAAAGUUCCCAGCCUCCCAAAGUAGGGUCUCUUUCAGUGGGUCAGCCUCCAGUGCUUUCCAGUCCUCUUCGGGAUAUGGCAGUGACUCGACGCAUCAGCUGGUAAAGACGACUGGGGCUUCAUUCUGCAGAGAGAGAUGCCCUGCCUCUGGGAGAACGGAUGGACCCAAUGGGAGAAGAGCCACCAAGGAAAGCCGCAAGCCAGCCAAAGGAGGGGUCAGUGCAGUUUUCCUUUUCCAACUCUUUGAGACUAGGGCAGGACAGAGCAAACCUGAGGUGUUGCAACCAUCAUGGAAGUCAUAUAUUGGGAUUCGGGAUGGGAUGGGAUUCAGCUCCUAGAGUGGGUUUUAACAGCUCGCAGUCUGGAUAAAUUGGAAGAGCCCCUUCCCGGGCUCUCAUUGGGAAGGAUAAUAAGAGGGAAUAAUUUGCAAAGUUGCACAAUUUCAGCUGUCUGGAAUAAUUGUAGGAAAUCAGUGUGGAAGUAAAAGCAAUUCACAAAAGUUUAUUUGAGAGAUUUUGUUUGGUCUUUUGAUCCAGGGCUCAGACCUGGCUUAGAUAGUGAGCUCCAGAGAGACCAAAUGUGAAGUAAGUCCCCAUCUUCUCUUAAAGAUGUGGGAUGAUACACUUCACUGACCAUCUCACAGGGUGGCAGUUCCAGACUUCUCUGUCUCCUUAGGAGAGAGAUGUGUAGUCUCUUCAACUCAGAUCUGUUUGAGGGGGGCAUCUUGUGAUGGAACAUCUUCUAAUUUUUAGGGAAAUGGGGAUAUGCUGGGCUGAGCCCUGCUGCUUAGAAAAGUUCUGAAAUAAAUGCCGAUGCAGGAAGGAAGGUUACCUUGCUUGGUCUGACUCUCUACAACAAAGAUAUUCAGCCUUGUGUCCUUCUGAUGUUCUCGGAUUUGCUUUCCAUCUGCCCCCACCUGCACAGCCAGGGGCUGGAGAUGGCAAGAGAGGUCUGGAGGCUCACAGCUGGCUCUGAGGAGCAGAGCUAAGGCCAUUCCAGGCUCUCAUUGUGACUGUUGCCAAACUGGCCGCUUCUAUUGACUUUCUCUCAUGUGCGAGCAUGCUGGAAACCCCCCUUCAAGUCUUAAAGCAGGCGUCUUCAUUCCCAGAGAGUGAUAAUUGAAAAUUUCCAGUGGGGAAAAAAAUGGGGGAUGAUGGGGCAGAGAGCGGUGGAGCCAGUCUAGAAGCACAUCAUCAGCGUAGAUAACCCAGCUGAUAUGUGCUUUUCAAGAAUAAUGCCAUUUAAAAAAGAAUAAUAGGACACAUUCCUUGUUAGAUGGAAUUUAAACUCAAAAAAUGUUAU